AUGGGAAACGAAUCUACGGGCCGAGCGGGCGACGACGCGCUCGCGUCUUGGGAAGUUACCAGCUUUACAUUUUCAUGUCGCAACACCGACUCGCAGAUAGUCAUCAUGUGUAACUGGAUACGCUUUGUCCUCCAAUUAUCCAGAAGCAACUUCGAGGCAUCUCCUCAACUCCUUCAACGAUAUCUUUUCUUUUUGCAGGUUGCUGAGAAUUUUGAGCUCGAUGGUUAUACCGUUGAUGACUUCUAUGAUUGGGCCGCCGAGCCUCUUUUCCCAAUAUUUCAUGGAAUGAAGCCUUCAUCCUGUUCAUUUAAGCGAUCUGUGCAAGAUUUUCUUACCCCCGAAACGCACCACUACAAGAUAUGUGGCAUCUAUGAGAAGCUGGUUGCAAAGCCCAUGGCCCUUGGCCGAAAUAGCGGAUCAAGAUAUGGCACUCCAUUAAGCGAAGAGUAUUACGGGCAGUGGCCUACCUAUCUCCCGUCCGAGGUUUGGAUCGACGACGGAAAUCAGGGUAGGGUUCCGACUCAUGUACCAAGGGGGGUUCUGUUACCGGAUGGCACUAAGGCCUUUCUUAAGAUGAUGCACCUGGGUGACAAUUGGAGUCUCAGACAAGAGCUUGCAAAAUACCAGGCCAUCCGAAACGCGUCAGUCGAUGCGUCGCUUCGCAUUUCACUACAGCCAGAAACGCCAGACACGCUAAAGGAUCGAUGGAUAGGACAAAUUCGGGACACUCUUUGCCAGUUACACUCCGCUGGCAUAUCCUGGGGUGAUGCCAAACCAGCUAAUGUACUGGUUGACAGAAAUAUGGAUACAUGGAUUGUUGACUUUGGUGGUGGACAUACUGAAGGCUGGGUGCCGAAGGAGCUAGCAGACACAAUUGAAGGUGAUCUCGUUGGCCUUAGAAACAUAAAACAGUUUAUCAAGCACCCUGAAAGCAUGUCAUUCCAGUAG